AUGGUUGGUGCGACUGGUAUGACAUUCCCACCUGACGAAAUGAAAUCUCACGAUACCGAACAAAGCGAAAAAACGGGUAACAAAACGGACGUGAUUACCAAUGCAGCGGCAGCUACAGACAAGGAGCUCAAGAUGACAUUGCUGCAGGGAUGUAGACUUUAUCCCAAAGCCAUUUCAUGGUCGAUCCUUAUCUCAUCGUUGUGCGCAAUGGAGGGCUACGAUAUCUUUUUGUAG